AUGCGCGGAACGUCGUUCUUCUUCCACACGGUGACCGGUGGGUUGUUUGAGGACCAGGACGAGCUGGCAGACUGGACCGAGCCGGUCCCGAACAGGGAGGCCAUACUCGGGGCACGCCAUGGCCGCAAGGUGGGCGCGCCUGAGCCAGGACGCCGUCACCGAGGCCGCCGCCUCCCGCGACCUGGCGCUCCGCUCAGUGGCGGCGGCGAGCUCUGCAGACAGCGCAGCCCGGGAGGCCGCGAGGAGGGCCCACCUCUCGCAGCUGGAGGCCGCCCGGGCGUACUCCCCGCCGACGCCACGGCCGCGCCCAGAGAGGCCCCCGCCCAGGAGGCCCCCCGCGGUGGAGCUCCCAGUGCGGGAGACCUUUUGGCAGCAGGUGAAGGAGGGCCGUGGGGCCGAGAAGCCGCCGGCCAUCGCGCACUACAUCCGGCGCAUGCGCCACGCCGCGCACGCGGGCGGCGGCGCGGCGGUCGCGCAGGGCUGCGU